AUGGAGGUCAACGGCCGGCCAGCAGCCGCGCUCGUCGACACGGGAGUGAGCACCGUGUUCGUACGGCCCGUGUUCAUGCCCGCAGGUCACAUCCAGCAGAUCACGAUGGCAGAAGUCUCACGCACCCAGAAGCCACUGCAGCGCUUCAUCGGGCUACUGAACUGGCUCCAGAACUAUAUUCCGAAUUUUUCCCAAGUCAUCGCGCCUAUGAUCGACCUGUUGUCACCCCAAAUCAGCUAUCACUGGGGCUCGCCUACCCAGACGCCGUUCGAGGCCAUCAAGAGCGCGUUCACCUGGUUCUACACACUGGCCAGCAUCGACCCCGAGCGCCCACUCAUACUCCAGACAGACGCAAGCGCCCUGGGAACCGAAGUCUUCCUUACCGAGGCCGACCUGGAGCGGCAUGACUUCACAGCCCAGCACCGCUCGCCGGAUUCCGACAGGCGCAGCGAGGCAGUACGCGGAGGAGACCACCCCUCCUGGCAGCUCCGGGAGGACCGGGUCAUGAACAGACCGCCAGGGGAAGAGAACGAGUCGAAGACCUAUGUCCCAACAGAAGCACGCAAGGCAACACUGCGGUUCUAUCAUGAUCAUGACCUCGCCGGACAUCCGGACUCGGACCAGAUUCGUAGAGCCGUCUGCCGGUACUACCACUGGCCAGGGGUGAACCAGGAUGUCCGGGUCUACGUCCGGGAGUGUGAGAUCUGCCAGCGCCGCAAAGCCCGCCGAGCGACGGCAUGCACCAACAGCAGCCUCGCCAGCCGUCAAUGCCGUUCCAGACAGGCCUACCCCUGCGGCAAUGCACAGGCGGCUACCUUCAUCGAGGACCUGACACGCAAGUUCCUCACUCGGUUCGGCUAUCCGGAGUCCGUCCUGACAGACAACGGCAGCCAGUUCCUGGGGGAGUGGUAG